CAAUAAUAAUUAAAUCGAAAUUAAAAUUUAUAUUUCUAGAAAGAGAAUAAUAGCUUGUGGACUUUGUGAAUCUGUGUUGUGAUUUUUUUCAUAAGUGGUUGGUUUCAUCUCCAACAUACAUAAAUCGCAUAUCAAAGUGUAAUAACUCCCAACAACUUCCCCUGCUCAAUUUCAUCACACCCCUUUGUGAUUUUCCUUUGAGCCCUGAUUUCCUUACCGCAUAUGUUCUGUUCUCAACUUCUCUCCUUCUUCUGACAUGUUAUGCACAUUGAUGAACGGUUUGAAGUGUUCAUCGAUAUCUCCAAUGUGGGGAUUCAUGCCUAUAUAAUGAGGACAGUGGAGAACUAUUCCCACAGGGAAAGAAUUGGGAUGUGCAGAGGACUAGUUUGUUGUGCUAUAGACUUUUACUAUGGAGUUAAAUACAAGUUACGACAUUGAACUUUCACAAAUUGAAGAAAGAACACAGCAUGAGUUGUGGCCUCUAGAUCAAAUUGAUCCAACCAAUGCAAAAUUUCCAUGUUGUUUGGUUUGGAAUCCAUUUCCGGUAGUCUCAUGGUUGGCUCCCUUCUUUGGUCACGUUGGCAUUUGUAGGGAGGAUGGAGUUAUUAUAGAUUUUUCAGGAUCACACGAAGUCCAUGUCGAUAAUUUUGCAUUUGGUUCGGUGGCAAGAUACUUGCAACUCGAUCGUCAACAGUGUUGCUUCCCUCCUAACCUAUCUGCACACAAAUGCAAGCAACGUUACCGACAUGGUGAUUAUGGCACUGCAAUAGCAUGGGAUGAUGCAUUACAAGCCAGUCUGCGGGAUUACGAGACCAAAACUCACAAUAUUUUCACUUGCAACUGCCACUCGUUUGUGGCUAACUGUCUGAAUCGUGUUUGUUACGGCGGAUCAAUGGAUUGGAACAUCGUGAAUGUAGCAGCUUUGAUUAUGUUGAAAGGUCACUGGGUUGGUUUCUGGGCAAUUGUAAGAUCUUUCAUGCCUUUUUUUAUGGUUGCUUUCUUAGGAGUUGUGAUGAUUGGAUGGCCCUUCUUACUUGGACUACUAUCGGUGUCUCUGCUUUUGAUGUUCUGGUUUGUGGUCGGCACUUACGUUGUUGGAAACCUAUCACACUGUUAAAUGGUUAUGAUUUGCUUGUUCUCUCUUCACCAAGUAACAGUUUUAGAUCUGAUUUUGGAAUAAGAAGUAGUUAUCUCUUUUGGAAA